AUGAGUCUUGUUUUAGCCAGACCUGUCAUGGAGGGACAAACGAUGAUGAACAAGUCCUCUUUACCAACUAUUGAGAGAGUUGCUAAAGAGUGGUUGAAAGGAAAAAAAGAUGAGUCGGAAAACAAUUCUCAAGUAUCUCAAAUUUGGCUGAAAGAUGGGACAAAAUCUCCAAAGGCUAUCAUUCCUAUACAACCAAACACAGUAGCUGACAGUAUGAAAAAACAACACCACUAUUCUUCUCGUAAGCCUCAAGUGCCUGGCAUUAUUGAGCAAGCAUUAGCUGUUUAUAGCGCACCAGGAGAAAUACUUGGGGCAGGGGCACAAAUAAACGUGUGGAAUCCAGUUGUUGAGGAGCAGGAUGAGUUUAGCCUUGCUCAAAUUUCGAUAAAAAACGGAGAAAACCAAGAAACUAAUAUUAUUGAAGCUGGAUGGCAUGUCCUCCCAUCUCUUUAUGGUGAUACAAAAACAAGACUUUAUAUUUACUGGACUGGAGGUAUGGGAACGGGAUGCUACAAUAAUUUUUGUGACGGAUUCGAACAGAUCGCAGAGGACGUGACUUUGGGAGGUCAACUUCAUUUAUCUGCUUAUGACGGUGAUCAAGUUGAUAUAACUAUAGUUAUACAGAGGGGUACUGGAGCACAUUGGCAUUUGAUGAUUAAUGGAAGACGGAUAGGUUACUGGCUAAGAUUAUACUUCAAUCACUUAAGAUUAAGUGGCAGCCGUGUGGAAUGGGGUGGCAAGGUGUCUAACACAAGGCCCCAAAACAGGCAUACGACAACAUCGAUGGGGAGUGGCCACCUUGCGGAUGAAGGAUUUAGAAAAGCAAGUUAUUUCCACAACCUACAAAUCGAGGAUUUGACUGACGGUGAAUCUUUAAAGCCAGUUCCUUCCCUUAACCUUACGACACUAACUACAAAUACGAAUUGUUACAACAUCGUUUUCCCUAUUCUAAAUUCCCCUAGCAGGGGCUUUUACUAUGGAGGCCCAGGCUUCAAUCCUAAUUGCCCAUGA